CAUUUCCAGCAUGCUGUUGAAAACCAUUAUAAAUCAGUGAAAAUACAAAACAGUUCAAUAAAAAAGACAAAGUCCAAGUAGUAGAAGGUGCAUUGGAGCACUGAAGAAGCAGAUGGCUGUUAAUUCCAAGUGGUUUAUAUCCACUUCUAAAGCUUGUAGAGGUGAGUUGAGAAGCAUUCUGGAUUGUAGGGACAUUUCUGACCAGUAGGGGGCGCCUCUGAGCAAAGAAAAGAACCCCGAGAGGCUGAAUUCAGCAUCUGCUGUCUGCUCUGCUCUCAUUUUCUUCAAUGUUACCGUGACACUGCAUGGAGUCUGUCAGAGACUACUGAUUUAUAACAGAACAGUACACGGACUUCACCUUUAAAUUCUCUCUGCAACCUCAGGAAAAGCCGGCAUUUAUUUUACAGGCAUGGAAGAAGAUAGAAAAUCCUCUCAACAGUAUGGAGCGCUGGAUAAAACUGAGUUGCACAGAGCGACAGAGAAAGCAACAGAAGAUGUAAUCUCAAUGGCCGACUCUACAGUCACGAUCGAGGAGAUUGAUGGCGAGCUGUUCAAGAUUGACCGGAUACGGGACAUCCUCAUACGGCGAGAAUCAGAGCUAAGAUACAUGAUGGAUGACAUUCAGCUCUGUAAAGAAAUUACACGGUUGAAACAGGAGCUGCAGAAACUCAUCACAAUUCCAGACAAAGACAAGUCCACAGAAGACAGAGAGAAGGAGGAGAAGCUGCUGAAGCAGAUUAACAAGCUGGUGGAGACCAGAGACUUCUUGGUGGAUGAUGUGGAGUUUGAAAGGCUCAGGGAAAGAGAGGAAGACACGGAGAUGCCAGCCUUCUUACAGUCAAAAUUUUCCAGUGGUUUGGCUGAAAAAGGUGCUCUGCAAGAUCGUAAGGUUGCAUCCAAAUCCCAGCAGACAUCUAAUCCGUUUAUCUCUAAAACUGGACUGACGCUGCUGAAAGACUGCUGCGGCUUCUCCUGCUCCAUCCUUUAAAGAAGUAAAAACUGGAGGCCACUGCAUGUUGCUCCUCAGUGUUUUUGUGUAUCUGUUCUGUGGUUUUCCUUUCAUAAUAAAUGAUUCUGUAAUAUAGCGCACCUUGAAAAAGUGUUCAAUCCCCUUGAGCUUUUAUAAUAUUACAGCCACAAACUUCCAUGUAUUUCAUUGGGAUUUCAUGAAUAGAAAACACACAACGUAGCGCAUGAUUGUGAAGUGGCAGGAAAGUGAUGCAUGGCUUUUAAAAGUUUAUACACAUAAAAUAUGAGUGUGGUGUGCAUUUGUAUUCAGCCUCACUGUGUCAAUACUUUGUAGAGACCACCUUUUGCUGCAAUUAAAGUGUACCUGCUUUGCACAUCUAGACUGAAAAACUAAAAUUGGCCAUUCUUGACAGAAUAGCUCAAGUUCAGUUAAAUUAGAUCCAGACUGUCUGUGAAGAUUACAAUUAUUAAGUCUUACUACAAAUUUUCAAUUAGAUUUAGGACUGGACUUUGACUGGUCUAUUGUGACACAUGAAUAUGCUUUAAUCUAAGCCCUUUAAUUGCACUACUGGUUGUAUGUUUAGGGUUGGUUUCCUGUUGGAAGGUGAACCUCCACCCCAGUUUCAGGUCUUUUGCAGCUUCUAACAUGUUUUCUAGGAUUAUCCUUCAUUCAUCUCCAUCCAUGUUCCCAUUUACUCUCACCUGCUUUGUUGUCCCUGCUGAAAGAAGCAUCCCCAUUGCAUGAUGCUGCCACCACCGUGUCCAUCAUGCAGUUUAGUUUUCUGCCACAUGUUGUGUUUUGCAUUUAGAGUUACAUUUUGCUCUCAUCUGACCAGAGCACCUUCUUUUCUUCUGCGUUUACGAUGUCUCCUAAACAGCUUGGUGCAAAUUGUCUAAAACAUAAAAUCCAACUAUACUGCAGUGAAUUCUGUGGUUGUAAGGUAACAUAAUGUGAAAAAGUUCAAGGGGUUUGAAUGAAUCACUAUAUAUAAAGGCAAUGCAUAGGACACACAUGGCCUGUGAUUGGUUUCUGUAAAAUGUUUAUUUUAUACAAUAUGUUUUGCAGAAGUGAUGCUUAUUGGAUUCAUUACUAAUCAACCCUCAUUCUAGUUAAAGUGAGUUGAUCUGAUUAGGGCUGUUCUCACAGUGUAAUUAACCAUUCGUAAUGUAUUAGACAGAGUAAGUGUAGAACACUUGAGGGAGGAAUACACUCCAACCAAUCUCAAAUUCUUUCAAGUGAAUAUUAAAUUAUAAGAAUGAAAUAACUGGGUAUUAUUUUGUUUAACUAUGUAAAUGCCUUAUAGUUUUUGUCUUUAAAAAGAUCAAAUGAUGAUUGGAAUGAUUAUUGGAAUUAUUAACAUAAUAUUUUCAUCUUUGUGUUGUUUUUCUGCAUUCUGCAUUUGUUUUUUCUCUUAGAUUUCUUGUGGCUUUUUACUCAAAAGCAGACUUGGGGACACCCAUUUAAAACAAGCUUUUUCAAGAAGGAUGCGCCUACAUCCUGUUCUUAUUGCUGACAAUACAGCCAGAAAAACUCCUAGAUGGAAAUAUUAUAAACAUUCGAACCAAAAAAUAUAGGACAGUGAAUACCUUUCUUUUUAAAAGGGCAAACAUGUGAGUGCCUUUUUCAUGUUUCAGAUCCACAAAGAUUUACACAUCCGAUUUCUAAAAAAAAGCAGACUACUUUGGCAAAAAUAUUUUGUGAUGCAUUUAUUGCUGAACAGGUAGGUUCUACAAACUCUUAACUCAGGGGGUUGAACAUAAAUAGAGGAAACACUUUUCUAAUUUGUAUUCUUAAAAUGUUUAAAACUAUGUAUCCUUUUCCUUCCACUUCAAAAAUAUGCACUAAUUUGUAGUGGCCUUUCACCUAAAACCCAAUUAAAAUACAUUGGGGUUUGUGUUUGUAACAUGACAAAAUAUGAAAGAGGUCAAGGGAUAUGAAUACUUAAAUACACAAAGAAAAACAGUGAACUGUCCACUGGCAUUCUACAUCUUUACUGCCAUGACAACGGGAUUAGAAGGUAUUCUGUAUGUGGUGUUGGCUGGGAGUAUCGUUCUCUUUAAUGAUGAUGAAACCAAAUGGUUUCGGUUCCAACCUCAGAUGUUUUUUGCCUCAACCCACUGAUGACUCAUGCUGAGAAGUUACAGCCUAAUUGCACCACAAACUGGACCGCCAUCAAGAAAAUGCUUCCUAAAGGACUCUGCUUUUUGUGGGUAAAGUUUUCCGUUUUUCUUUUGCUUGAAAAUGUGUUGUGCUUCACUGUUCUGCUAUCAUGGUAGUUGUUAAAGGCCAUCGCAGCUGGCUGCUUACAAACAGAUGUGGUCAGAGGCGUGCAGCAUUCUCCACUGUCCUCAGUUUUCAGGCUGAGAGCAAUCAGUGGGCUACGAGCUGUGAAUACAGACGAGUAUACAGCCAGCCUACGCUAAUUAGAAGCAAGAAAGGAAUCAGUUUGUUUCUGCAUGUAGUCCUGGCUGAUAGUUCCUGAAGGAAUAGAUUUGCCAAUUAUCAACUUUGUGCUUACUUUUCGUUUUCUGAGUCAAAGUUCUUCUGCAAGUAGUAUAGAGUAAUUUCCAGUUCCAGGGGCUGU